CUUUAUUGUGGGCGUCUUGCGACAUGAAUUGCUCGUUCCCUGGUGACAGCGCCCAUCUGGGCGGCGUCAUGACGACAUCAUGAACCUCGUAGCACACCACGCGCCCGACUUCUGGAAUCGAAACCCAUGCGAGCCUACUCUAUAUUCAUCGAUAUUACCCAGGUACUGAGACAACUCCGGACGCGAGUAUGCCUUCCGCUGGGCUCACCAUCCGCGACGUCACGCCCACCAUCACCACAUUCUCCACGCCGUUCAAUCGCUUCGCACCAUUGGGCUACCGCAAAUUCGUUGCAGUAGGCAAUCGAGCAACCGCCAUCAGAUUGCACGACAAUCGAAUCAUUCUCCUCAAUCCGAUCCAGCUCGAACAAGCGGUGCGCAACAAGCUGAAUGAACUUGGGGGCGUUCAUCUCGUGGCGUGUGAUCUUGGGCAUCAUAUGUAUGUGAAGGACUAUAUCGACGCGUGGCCGGAAGUCAGGACGAUCGGUGUUCCAGGUCUAGACAGCAAGAGGAAAGACGUGGAGUGGGAUUACAUCUACGAAGACUGGCGGACAAGUCCGGAAGACCAGUUCGACUUCGCGCAGGACAUCGAGACAGUGCUGUUUGAGGGUUUCAUCACAUACUGUGUCGCUUGGUAUCACAAGCCCACGAAGACCCUUAUACAGUCUGAUUUGAUGAUGAACCUACCGUGCACUGAGCAAUACCAGCCAAGCUCGUCGCACCAUGGUCCACUGUCCCGCGAAUUUGCAAAACGCGCACAUCCUCGAUCGAUAUGGGCGAAGCGUCUGGUCUACCACAUUGCGACCGUUGACUACACCUUGAUGCGACGCGAUGCGAAGAAAGUGGCGGAAUGGCAACUCGAGCGAAUUAUACCCUGUCAUGGAGACGUCCUCAAUCCUGGCGGGAAUGAAGCCUGGGCAAUGGUGUACGAUUGGUUCUUGACUGGCAAACCCACGCCAAGCCUGAUGAAAAGACUUAUGAUCCCCGUUAUGAGGGUCGCCAGAAGAGUGUUCUUGAUGUAAAGCCCAGACAUGUGCGCUUGGUCUUCUGGCCUGUGAUCCGGUCAGCCCAAAUACCUAUGCCGCGGCAAUGAAGUUUCCAUUAUCUACUGCCUGCGUUUAUGUCACCCCAACAUCACCCUCCACUGGAUACACAUCGUCGAUUGCAACGUUCUCAUACGGUU